AUGCAUCUUUUCGACCGCUGGUCGUAUCUUGCAUUACCAAUCUUUUGCUGGCUACCAACCAUCAAUGCAGCUGACCAUGUACCCAAUGCCUAUCUUUUCUGCAUCAAGUACUACGGUUCUGUCAGGGCCGAACUCGAGCUCCCAGAUGCACUGCCCAGAUAUAAUUAUAACGACUCAGAGAUUUGCCCACAGGAAAUGAAUCUUCCAGUCAUCUCAGGUGCUACUCUCGAAAUCUGUCCGCCACUCAACUCCCUCAACACCCCAGACUCGACGACUCUACACGCCGAGCUCCGACUCUCUGACACAUCUGGCCAGCUGACCGACCCAAUCGACAAUCUCCGCCUCUCUCCAGCGUUCAUCACGAACGGCAGUGUUUCGGGGCCCUCCGAGGGAGGUGGCAGACCCGCGAUCUUGGCCCGCGAUACUGCGAGGGAGGAGUCGAGCGGGUUGCCCACUUGGAUCAUCAACGGAACUCAAGCUUCACUUACCGAUUCGCCGAACGAAGACGAUGAUACGCAAUCAGUGUACUUCGGCUGCCGCUAUGAAAAAUCGCCUUAUUACUGCGGCGGCUAUGAAGACCUGCACAAGCCACCCCCUGGCGGCUGCUGGGCCUCGCAAACGUUCAACUUCAACAUGCGCAACGUCAUGAACUUCACGUUUCGUUUUGCCGACAAUGAAGCCAGUGUAGAGAUAUGGGCCGCGAGCCCGUAUGUGUUGUACACGGGUCAGGAGACUGGAAGUGAGACUAGGGCUCAUAUUACAUUUGGUGGAGACAGACAGGUACCUAGCGUGGUGGAUUAUGCCUUCUGGACGAAUGCAGAGACUGAUUAUGAGACGGAGAAGGCGGAUGCGCAAGCCCGACAGGGGAUGCGGUUGGAGGUGGGUGCGGACGGACUGCCUGUUCUUGCGAAUCAUACGGAGAGCGCGGAGUGGUAUGCCUCGGGAAAUGGGACAUUCAAGGCUGAGAGCCAAGCGUCGGGGCUGGACAAUCAUGGAAGCUGCCUGCUUAAAGUAUUCGCCAUGGCAAUGGUUUUGACUUGGUUGCUUGCCUGA